UCAGUGUUCAGGCCGCUGUCUACGGAAGCAAAGACUGUGAACUGAAUUCCGAGCUGUUUCGGGAGGUUGUGGAUUAUAAAGUUGCGGAACAUCAGCAGAGGAGAAAGCUUGCUGGGUCUGAGACUCCUGGGGAAGGCAUCUAAUGCUCUAGAUACGACGAUAAAUCGUGUCGGUGAGACCGCGUCGCAUCACCAAGAUAAUGCAGCCCAGCUGCUCCCGUCACGUGACCUCAUCGGAAUUCUCACAUGCCUGCCAUUACCCAUAAUUAACCACCACGGACGUAACACUGACUCCAGUGCGAGAAGUGGCAAAAGCGAGCGAGCGAGGCCAUGGCCAUGGCGGUCGGAAUGGGCCUCAAUCUUCUUCUCUUGCUUGCCAUGGUCGCCACCAAUAUCCUCUCCCUCUACCAUCUCUCCUCCACCCGAAGCGUCGCCACCGCCGCCACUUCCUCCUCCGCUCCCGCCGACGUCCCCGACCACCUCCUCCGCCAGCUGCACACAAUACGCGCCACCAUCUCCCACCUCUCCCGCCUCCGUUCCUCCUCCGCCUCCGCCGCCGCCGCGCCACCGCCGGAGCUCCUGAUCUACGCUCGCAUAGCUCCCAUCGCCUCCGCCUGCUCCGACCACCCCGACCUCCUCCACCGCUACAUGAACUACACUCCCUUCGCCGCCUGCCCCGGCGACGACGCCCGCGCCCUAGCCGAGGCGCUCAUCCUUCGCGGCUGCCAUCCGCUCCCCCGCCGCCGCUGCUUCUCCCCUACCGCCCCAAAACCCCUAACCUCGCUCCCCUCUGACCCCUUCGCCCCUCUCCCUGAUGCCGCCGUCCUCUGGCCUUCUGCCACGUGCCGUUCCUUCUCCUGCCUCUCUGCCUCCCUCGGCUUCGACCCCAAGGUCGAAUCGACCCGCUUCCUCUCCGCCCGAUCGGUUCUCGAUCUACCCCUCACCCAGCUGCUCAACCUUGCCAGAUCCGCCGGCGCCGCUCCGAUCCGCCUCGGCCUCGACGUCGGAGGCGGCACCGGCACGCUCGCCGCGCAGCUCCGGCGGCUGGCCAACGCGACGCUGCUGACCAUCACUCUGGAUCUGGGGGCGCCCUACAGCGAGGCGGCCGCGAUCCGGGGGCUGGUGCCGCUACACGCGCCGCUGCAGCAGCGGUUCCCGGUCCAGGACGGGGUUCUGGAUCUGGUGCGCACGGGACACGCUGUGAACCGGUGGAUCCCAGCGCCGGCGCUGGAGUUCCUGCUCUACGACGCCGACCGGGUGCUCCGAGCGGGAGGGCUGCUGUGGGUGGACCACUUCUUCUGCCGGGCCGGCGACCUGGAGGCGGUGUACGCCCCGAUCAUCGCGCGUUUCGGAUACCGCCGUAUCAAAUGGGCAGUGGCCAACAAGACGGAUGGCGGCGGCCUCAAGAACGGAGAGGUGUACCUCACCGCCCUCCUUCAAAAGCCAUUGCCGUCUCCGAUCUCCUCUGCAGCUGGAGUCAAGUCUUCUUCCAACUAGAUCUAGAUCUGCGUAAGGACGAGGCGGCAGUAGUUUGAGGAAGAACACGAGUUACAAAUUACAAUGAGCGCUCCCCUGAGUUACAGUGAGGCGGUGACGGUACCGCUUUGUGAUAGAAUUCAUUGAAGCCAGAACCGACCGCGGUCGUCGCUGGUCAAAUGCGUAUUUUGGGCUAAUUGACUAAUUGGUGGAUAGUUAUUCUUGAUCGUCUAAUUUGUCUGUACAUUCACAAGUUUGUAUUCUUUUACACUACUUCAGUAUUGGGUAAGUUUAUAGAUUUAAGUUCCAUUA